GACUCUGACGUAGAAUAGUUAUAGAGAAGCUAACUUCCAUUUUCUUGACCCUUUCGCGGCCAACAGUGAGCACGUGUUUUGUUGCCGGCCGCUUGGGUCGUCUUGAUUUUUUUCUGCCUGAAUAUCUAUUGCUUCGAGCAAUUUUUAUCAUCGAAACCAGUGUUUGAUUAAUAUUUUGAGCAAACAACCGUUCGAAAUGAAUCCCGAGAAGCUGAAGAAACUCCAGGCACAAGUGAGGAUUGGUGGCAAGGGUACACCCCGUCGUAAGAAGAAGGUCGUUCACGCAACUGCAGCCACCGACGACAAGAAGCUGCAAAGUUGUUUGAAGAAGUUGUCCGUCAACACAAUUCCGGGUAUUGAGGAAGUGAAUAUGAUUAAGGAUGACGGUACUGUAAUUCACUUCAACAAUCCAAAAGCCCAAGCCAGUCUUUCGGCGAAUACGUUUGCCAUCACUGGCCAUGGUGAGAACAAACAAAUCACAGAAAUGUUGCCGAACAUUCUGAGUCAGCUUGGUCCUGAAGGUUUGAAUCAGCUCAAACAGCUGGCCAGAACAGUAGCUGGCAGCACAGUUGGCAAAGCCACUCUUGCAGAGGACGACGAAGUGCCCGAUCUUGUUGAGAAUUUUGACGAGGCGAGCAAAGAGGAGGUUGCGCCAAAGAAGGAAGCGGCCGAAGACGCAAAACCGGCAGCCGUAGAAAUAAAAGAAGUUGAUGCUGCGCCAGUGGAAGCAAAAAAAGAUGCGCCCCUUGCCAAGCCGGAAGCUUAGAGGCCGCUAAGAUUAACAUGCUCAGCAAAACACCACACACACACACACACACAUACAUACACACGCGACACACACAUUUAAACUCAGUGGUGAUUGGCGGACCAUCGAGACACGAGUUGCUUAAGUAAUCAGCAAACACAGCUGGGUGAAAAAAAAGAAAAAAAGAAACAAAAAAAUUAAAAAAACUCGACAAACAUGUUAUGCAAACUUGACAUUUACCCCCUGGUUACAGUUCUUUAAGUAACAAUGGAAAAAAAAAAGA